AUGAUUGAAUUUGAUGAAAGAUGGAAUACACCUCGUCGAACACCUCAUCCGAACGCCAACACCAACACCAACACCAAAAACGACGCCAAUGACAUCAAUUUCGAUGAGACGUGGGCUCACAUGGACACAUCUGCCGUCGUAGACAACGCCGCUGUCAUGAAGAACGCUACCGGCACUGAAGAGAAUACUGACCUCACCGACCGGUGCCUGCCAGUGACCAAUGGCGAGUUGCAGUAUUGGGAUAAGAGUGGAUGCCCUUGUCCCACGGGAACUAUGCCAGAGGUGAUCAAACAAUGGCUCAAGGACGAGUGCCGGGAUACACGCAAGAAGGAUGAAUGGAUCAAGUGGCUGAUGGAGGCCCCGUUGGACCCCAGCCAGUUUGACGGCGCUUCUAUGACACCUUACAGCGACAUUGCAUCUCCGGAAGGGUUAAAGUCGGCUGUUGAACGGUCCCUUGAUGAUCUGAAUCAAAUGUAUGCUGACAUGGAAAGGUCCAAGUCAGAGAGGGACAGAAAGCUGGACGAGGCACUGCAGUUGGACUUUAACUAUCGAUCGGCCAAAAGAGACGUUGAGUGGUACGCCAUGGUCAUCAUGAAGUCCCUUGAGAAGGAUGGCGAGACUUGA